UUGAGAUCCGGCCGAUCAAUCCGCGCUUUCCUCCCCGCAGCAGUCCCACCGUCGCCGGGCUACAAUGCCGCCCCGUCCUGUCUGCUCUCUCGCAGACGAAGCCUGCGGAGCGAACAGUUUCCCGCUGUUAAUUCCGUUGUUGAACAUAUGCUAACCUGCUAGUAUGCUAGUUGACAAUAUGACAGCGCUGGGCCUGUUGACAGGCCGGGUCCCUCCGCACGCACGGCGGGCAAAGCCGCAGAGCCGAGGCGGCAGAGUGACAGUCCGCCCGGUGAAGCGGAGUUCAUCCCGGAGCGGUAGCCGCGUAGAUCCACCUGUUAGUGGCGUCAGGCCGCGGGACGCCCGGGGGGCGGUGCUGCAUGUGAAGGCUGCUGGUUAACAGUGAAAAACUGCUACAGCUAGCCCGAAGUAGAGGCCAAAUGCACGGACAGUGAAACCAGAAAACACUGAUCAGCAGUGGUUAAGGGACAGCCCGGUUCUGUGGGCCCCCCCCUUUAGAAGUUUGUCCCCAGCUGCUCGGUAUAACGACAGAAAAUGGACUGAAAACACCUGAACUCAUCAUAUCAACUGACGGCCGUCGUCGUGGUGAUGAGCAGUAAUGAGUGUUUUGGUUGUGGCCGCAGCGGUCACUGGGUGAAGAACUGUCCGAGCGCCGCUCGAGGACGAGGGAAAGGACGUGGCAGAGGAAAAGAUCUGUUCUGUUAUCGCUGCGGGGAGCUCGGACACGUCGCCAGGGACUGUGAGAGGACUGAGGACGCCUGUUACAACUGUGGCAGAGGAGGUCACAUCUCCAGAGACUGCAAGGAGCCGAAGAAGGAGCGCGAGCAGCUGUGCUACAACUGCGGGAAGGCCGGACACAUGGCCCGGGACUGCAACCAUGCCCACGAGCAGAAGUGCUACUCCUGCGGUGGCUUUGGACACAUCCAGAAAUGCUGCGAGAAGGUCAAAUGCUACAGGUGUGGGGAGAUCGGCCACGUUGCGGUGCACUGCAGCAAGGCGUCCGAGUUGAACUGCUAUAACUGCGGGAAGUCGGGUCACCUGGCCAAGGAGUGUACCAUCGAGGCCACCGCCUAGCUGCCGCCCCCGCCCUCACCCCCACCCUCUUUUAUCUCUUCUUUCUUUCUCUUUAUUCAUUCCCUGUGAUCCUCCUCUUCUCAUUGGUCCAGAGGCUUGUCAUUGAGCCUCGCAGCAGCCAGUCAGAGCAGGCGGAGGAAGUCAAAGGGGUGGACACUAAAAAUCAAAAAAUGACUUUCAUUUCUAAAAGAAAAACAGGAUUUGUGUUUUUAGUUUUGUGUUUUAGUCAUUAUGUAAAAAGCUUUAUUUAAGAAUCCUUUUUGCCCGGCCCAUUGGCUGAGACAAUAGAGUGAUUGAAAAAAGUAAGCCCCUCCCCUCAUUUACAAAGUGGGCGGGGCUUCAGUCGAAGGAAAAUACAUCAUGGAAGUUUCUUUCUUCCAACAUGUUGCGUGACUUUAAUUUCCUUUUCCUGAACAAAGCCCAGUUUGUGUGAAAGAAACGUGAUUGGCAGCCAAUCACCUUGCAGGUCCACACGUUGGACCGAAUGAGCCAAUCAGAGCAGGUCACAGCAGAUGACAAAACGAACAUGAUAAUUAAUAUUUUAAAGGUGCAUUUUUUGCUGUUUCGACCACAUGGAGCGACUCAUCAGUGGAGACAAAACUAAGGCUAAUAACAAAACAUAUUUUAAAAAAUGACACUUUUAAGUUUGCAGAGAGGAGAAUGUUUUCACAAAUAAAAAUCCAAAUGUUAUUUUUGUACAAUAUAUCACUUAGAGCUACUGUAAAAAUGUCAUUUGGUUGUACUGCAGACUGUAAGUUUAACCUGACAAUAAAAAGAUGGCGGAGGAGGAAGAGGAGCUGAGAGACA